GCCCAACAAGCCAAAUUCCUCAGCGAUGCAGAGAAUGAGCUGGAGGAGCUGGCAGUCACCAUCGCGCAGGCCAAGAAGAUGGUGGAGCUCAUUAAGAGGGAAAGUGUCGGGAAGCUCUUUUCAGAAGCCUCCGAGGUCCUGGCGACCUUCCAAAAGGAGGUGGCCGGUUUCAUCGAGGAUGGGGAGCGCUCCAUGCUGGGGGAGGCUGAGGCCGAUCUCCGCUGGAAGGAGGAGAGGCGAGCCAAGCUGGCCCAGUGCAAGCAAAACCUGGAGAACGUCCCCAGCACUGACACCAUCUACUUCCUCCAGGAAUUUCAGGCCUUAAAAGUAGCCAUGGAAGAAAACCUCUCCCCGGCUCUGAGUUUCCAGAACGAGCUGAACUUCACCAAAUGCACUCAAGCCGUGGGCGCCGUGAAGGAUGUGCUAUCUGCUGCCUGCAAAAACCAGUGGGACCACUUGCAGGGGAAAGGAAUUGAUGGGCUGAGUUUCCCAGAGAAGGAGGAAGCGUUGGCCGAGUCCCGAUUUUCAGACAAGUCAAACAAUCCCGCCUGCCUGGAAAGCCGUGAUUACUUCCUGAAAUUUGCCUUCAUCAUUGACCUGGACAGUGACACAGCCGACAAGUUCAUCCAGCUGUUUGGCACCAAAGGGGCCAAGCGGGUGCUGUGCCCCAUCCCCUACCCGGAGAGCCCGACCCGGUUCAUCAACUGCGAGCAGGUUCUGGGUAUGAACCUCAUGAACCGAGGCAACUACUACUGGGAGGUGGAGCUCAUCGAUGGCUGGGUCAGCAUCGGCGUCAUCGCUGAGGACUUUGACCCCCGGGAGUCCUACAACCGCGGCCGCCUGGGGCGGAACGAGAAGUCCUGCUGCCUGCAGUGGAACGGACAGAACUAUGUGGCCUGGUUUGGUGGCUUCGAGUCCGUCAUCCAGCAGCCGUUUUUCCACACAAUUGGGGUUUUCCUGGAGUAUUCGGAGAAGGCCCUGACCUUCUACGGAGUCAAGGACUCCAAGAUGACCUGCCUGCAGCAACUCAAGGUCUCCCAUUUUGCCAAGGGUCAGUUUGACGCGUUCCAGAACAAGAUCAAUCACCAAUUCGCCUCUCUUUUCUUGUGCAAGCUGAAACCAGCCUUCUUCCUGGAGAGCGUUGAUGCCCACCUGCAGAUCGGGCCACUGAAGAAAGAUUGCGUUUCGGUGCUAAAGCGUAGGUAA